AUGGAGAAGAGCCUGGAGGAGCUGAGCCGGGCACCGGGCUGGGCCGGGCGGGUGACCCGGCGGUGCCCGGCGGUGGCGGUGGGCGAGGAGGUGCCGGCGGAGGUGGCGGCGGCUCUGGCGAGGAACGCGGCGCUCAGGGCGGCCGUGGGGCGCCGGGACGAGGAGCUGGAACAGGCCACGGCCGCGCUGCGGGCGCUGCGGGGGGAGCGGGACCGCCUGCAGGGCAAGGUGAGGGACCUGCGGGAUGCUCUGUCCAGCCUGGAGGAGCUGGGGGGCUCUGGAAGUGACGCCCCCGGGGUCAGCAGCCCCCUGAGGCUGCACCAGCCCUCGGCGGGUGCCAGCCGGGAGCAGGAGGAGCGGCUGCAGCAGCUGCAGGGGUGCCUGGGGCGGCUGCAGGAGGUGAACCGGGAGCUGGCGGCCGCGCUGCAGGAGUGCAAGAGCGAGGCAGAAAGGCUGAGCAUGGAGCUGGGACAGCACGAGUCCCGCAGCACCGCCCUGCGCCUGGCCCUGCGCUGCAGCGAGCGCUGCGGGGGCGCUUAUGCCGCCCUCCUGGACCUGCUGCAAGCAAAGGUGGGACGGGAGGACGGCGCCCGUGGGGGUGAGUGACAGCUCGGGGGGCUCCGGGGUGUUGGAGGUGCUGGGGGGUGCUGGGGGGUUGUCAGGGAGGAUGAUGGGGGGAUA